AUGAAUGGAAAUGAGGACACCAACUUUCCGGCCAGCGAGCUGAAUACCCACGGGCCCACUGUGCAUGGCUGGAGAAGUGCUUUGGACAACGGACUCACUACGCAUGAUAUUAUCCUCCGAUUCCAGCAACCGGCCAAGAUCUAUCGUAUCCAACUUUUAGCCCACCAGUAUCUGAUUCCUGAGAAAGUGGAGCUCUGGCUGCACUAUUCUCCCAAAUCUUUGCCCAGCACUCCGUCGUCCCAAUACUUUGACUUUCUGGGAUUUGUCGCUCUAGCGGAUAACGCCAACACAAACUACAAAUCGCGAGAGCUGCAGAGCGUCACAGUGAGUCCCCGACGAGGAACGCACCUUAAAUUGCGACUGAUCGGAGUCCAGGGCAACGAGUACAACGCUGCGGGUCAGAUUUCUCUGAUGGCGGUUAAUGUGCUGGGCGAAGAUUUGGAGUUGGGCCCAAAUAGUGCAAAUGGAAAUGGAGAGGACAACUUGGGCAACGAGGUGCCACCGCUGGACACGGCCACCGGAGAGCUGGCUUUGGCGUCCAUUUGCGAUGACCUUCUCUUCUCGAUGUACGUGGAGGACUCUGUGGUACAAUGCAUCCGGGAACUGGAGCAACGAAAGGCCCUGGCUGUGAGUGCUGAGCGUUUCGAGUACGCCCGAAAAUUGAAGUUGUGCAUGACAGCUCUGAGGACUGCGGGAGAACGACUGGGCCGAUAUGCACUGGCCAAGCGGCAAGCUGUGCAACAGGAGGACUUCACAACGGCCAAGCUUCGAAAGGAGCAGAUCGAGAUGUACCGAACAGCGGUACUGCGACAGCUCCAAGUCCAGCAGUUGCUGGAGACGCAGGGCGUACUCAGCUCCAACGACAAAAGCUGCGAAAUUUACGCGGGUGGGAAGCCCAGUCUGCCGGCGGCUCCCAGCCUGCAGGACGUUGCGCAGGCCUUAGCCGAGGCCACUUUCAGUCCCAAGAGUAUGGCGAGCCUUAGUUUGGAUGAAAAAUCCUCCACAGACGGUUCCCAGGGACAAGCGAGUAACGACAACGUUGUGGUAGCACCCGUCCCGGUCAUGUUGCAGGCAGCGCCCAGUCCUGCCCUGGGCGGUUGGCGAAAAUCUCAUGAUGAACUACCACAAUCGCCACGCCUACCCUCGCGCCACAGCUCACCAAUGUCUAGCCGACAAGGGUCCCUCCGCAGGCGCAACAAAAGUGUUCCGCGCAACUCAUACGAGGACUACGAGGAGCGGGCCAUUCCCACGUUGAGGCAGGAAUGUCAGGGAAAUGCACUGCUGGAGGCCGAUCCAAACCGGGGACGUUCGCGUUUAAACGACCGCGAGCGUCGCCAGGCAGCCUUACCCAUUCUGGUCUUUGGCAGUGAGUUGGUGGAGCAGUUCUAUUCGCGACAAUUUCAGGAUCGAGAGGAUGGCUUAAUGCGCCUGCGGAAUUUUCUCAAGGAUCAGGAGCUGAUGGAGGCCUCGGGUAACGAACAGGUCGCCAGCCCUAAUAAAGUGGCACGAAGCGCAGCCUUGCUUCUUCACAGGGCUGUGCGAGAUGCAGUCUACUCGGUAUUUGGUCAAGCUACAGAGACGGUGCGGGUUUUGUUCCUGGAAUAUGUGCCCGGGCGGGUUUCACCUAGUGAAGUCGCCCGCUGCGUUGAUCGGCUUCUGCCUGAAUUGCUAGCAAAAUCCGGUGAUCCAUCUGCUCGUCUUCACACACUGGCUCAGCACACUAUUCUUAGCAUUGCCGCCUGCCCUGAGGUGACGGAGCAGCACUUGGUCGCACCGGCUCUAUCGCGAAGCGUUGGUUCAGGCACCCACCAGCGGCUGGCCAUGAGUCGCCUACAAAUGCUGGAGCAGCUGGUUCAUACUCAAGGCAUCAGCACGGACAAGCACAGUGGACUGACUUGUCGAGCUUUAUCCGAGUGCGGUUGCUCCGGCAUCCAUCAUCCGGCAGAGCCCGUUCGCAAAGUGGCGGAGCGUAUCCUUCUGCUAGUUUAUAAGGUAAAUCCACGUCUCGUACGCAAGCAGCUACCACCCGACGACGACAUCACAAGGCGCAACCUUCUUUAUCGUCAGUUGUUUACGGAGUUUGACAAGCUAGACCUAGACCGGAAACAGGAACUACUCGAGGCGGCUACGUCCCCGACUGACAAAGCCUCCACCAGUUCGGAUGCGUCGCGACUGCUGCAAAGUCAUGGCGGACAUGGGACAAGUCCUGGCCAUUUGAAUAGCUCCAACAACGGGUACGCCAGCUGCAACGGAAAGCAGCGAUACAAUGAGCAACUAAAGCGUUCCAUGUUAUCUGCCUCGAGUUCCCGCAAGGGCUCCGCCACUAACUCGGAAUCCACCGAGGAAAAUGUGCCCAAAAUACGAUGUCCUUUUUGUGAAUGGUCGUGUGCUGGAAGCGAUACUAGCCAGUUGGAUAGACACUAUUGGAAAUCGUGUCCCUUCCUCACAAAGUGCCCUCAAUGCAGCCAAGUGCUGGAGAUAGCAGCACUCAACUACCACCUGACUACUGAAUGUGAUGCCAAGGAUAGCUAUGUGGUUUGCGCCCGCUGCACUGAAUCAGUUCAUAGGCAGCUCUACGAGCUUCAUCAAAUGGAAGACUAUUGUCGCGAAUUAAAAACGGGAGCUGCUCGUUGUCCACUAUGCCACGAUGAUGUGCACCUUCCCCAGGAUGGUGGCUGGAAGUUACACCUACUAAGCGCCGGGGGCUGUCCUGGGAACUCUCGCAAAAAGAAUCUGAAGAAAUAAGCUUAUAAGAGGCCUAACAUAAACUGAUCUAUUUGCAAGCGUAGCGAAUUUAUUAGAGCAACUAUACUAGUCAAGAAGCCACUGCAGUCACAAUAGAAAUAAGCGUUAUUAAACUACAUUUAUUUUUACACUAUACACUCAAUUUAGACACAUUUUGUUACGCCAAUUAGUUAACUAAAGGUUUAUUUUAAUGAAUUCCA